AUGACCAAGCUGGACUCUAUCCUCGCCGAGAACCCUGGCAAGUCUCUGGACGAACUCCUCGCUGCCCGCAAGAUCAACGCCGACCAGAAGGCCCAAGCAUCUAAGAAGCCCGCUCUCCAGGCUUCGCUCGCUCAACUCGAGGAACAGAUCGCUCAGUACAAGAAGGUCGAUGCCGACUACCAGUCGCGCAUGUCCGCUCAGCACUUGCACCUGACCUCAGCCCACCAGGCCGAAAUUGAGAAGCUGAAGACCUCUCUUAAGGAGCAGCUCGAGGACCAACUCAACUCUGCUCUGCGCCAGAAGUUGCUCACCUUCAGCCAGUUCCUCAGAGCUGCUGCCGCCAAGCGUGUUAUUGAAGAGGAGGCCGACACUGAUGAGUCAAAGGCAUUCGAAGGUGCCCUCUUGCUAGUCUACGGAGGUGACGACAAGGCCGUUGAUGCUGUCAUGAACUUGAUCCAGGGUUCUGACGAGCAGGUACCCUCGGUCGAGGGCGAGCUUCUGCCCGUCAAGUGUAAGAAUGCUCAAAUUCUGGUUGGUCAUCUUGGUGCUGACUCCGUUUUAGAUUCGCAAGUCAAGCAGGCUGCCGUCGGUUUCGGCGCAUUCCCUGGCGAGGAGGCUGCUCAAGAGGAGGCCCCUGCCGAGUCCACUGACGCUACCACUGUCCAGCCCGAGGACACCGUCCCUUCGAGCGAUCCUACCAUUGCACACGCCGGUCUCACCGAACUUGGUCUGAACCAACCCGCAGAGGAGGAGAAGCCUGUUGUCGUUGCCGACGAUCAAAUCGCUGAAGCCUCCGUUGAUGACGGUUCGGCCAACAAGUCCGCCGAGACACAGUGGGACAACGCUGCUGCCACCGCCGGCACCGAAGAGCAGCUUGACGACUCGUUCGAGAUGGUUCCUCGUCCCGCCGACGAGACCGAGGCUGUCCACGAACCCGCCCAGCCCCAAUCGACCAGCUCUUGGGCCGAUCAGACAUCCGCAAACGCCACCGCUACCGAGGCUGCUGCCGAGAACAACAACACCACCACCAACGGUCUUGCCUCGACUGAUGCCGAGGGAUACCAAUCUGUCGAGAGACGCGGAGGAAGAGGAGGACAAGGUCGCGGAGGCCGUGGACGUGGCGGCCGCGGUGGCCCUAGAGGCGGACACCGCGGCAGCUUCAGAGGAGGCCGUGGUGACGGCCGCGGUCGUGGUGGCCGUGGCGGAGCCCCUCAGCCCCAGGCAUAG